AUGACCUCUCCUGAAGUCGAUCUCCACGCGUCACCGGACGCUCCAGUUACCGAAGGCUCGACUGUGGCAGGUCGACCACAGGAACAAUUGGAGGUCCAAGACAACGGCGAUGGCGCUAAUUCAGCAGCAAUUUCGUCCGAAGAGCGUGCGUAUCCCAAUGGCUUUGCAUUAUGGAUGUCCAUCACCUCUCUUCUUUUGACCGCAACGUUUUAUGGCCUAGACAUGACCAUCGUGGCCGUGGCUAUUCCCAGUCUCACUGAUCAGUUCAAGACUGUGAAUGACAUUGGCUGGUAUUCCUCGGUUUUCAUGUUGCUCAGCAGCAGUUUCACCUUUUUUUGGUCCAAACUAUAUACUCUGUUCCAGGUGAAGCGAGUCUUCCUAGCCGCCAUCUUCUUCUUUCAAUUGGGCUCGCUUCUCUGUACCGUUGCUCCUACCAGUGCAGUCUUCAUCCUUGGUCGUGCAAUUGCAGGGUUUGGCGGAUCUGGAAUCAGCAUGGGUGCUGGAACCAUCAUGAUCUACAGCUUUCCUCUACAGAAACGACCAUUCUGGGGUGGCCUCAUUGCAUUUGUGCAGACUCUUGCCAUGGUCACAGCGCCAUUGCUGGGAGGAGUUUUGAUAGAUCGAUUCACGUGGAGAGCAUGUUUUGGCAUCAAUAUUCCUAUCGGGGUACUGACGUUCGGCCUGACUGCAUAUUACUUCGACAACACCCCAACCACUACUACUGACAACGCUUUAUCACUCAAACAAAAGGUCAAGAAGAUGGAUCUGGUAGGCACAUUCUUCUUUGUGCCAGGCAUUGUUUGUCUCUUGAUUGCCCUACAGUGGGGAGGUAUCAGAUAUGGCUGGCAAAAUGCUAGAAUCAUCAGCCUCUUCACGGUCUUCGCAAGUCUGAUCAGCAUUUUCUGCUAUAUACAAUACAGGGAGAAAGAAGACGCGGCGCUUCCACCGAGAGUCUUGAAACAGCGAAGUGUCUUGGCUGGAGCAUGGUUCUCAGUUUGCUGCAGCGGUGUGCUGGCCAUCACCGAAUACUACAUCGCCAUAUAUUUUCAAAGUGUAAAAGGUUUCUCUGCCACGAAAUCUGGUGCUUUAGGUCUGCCAACUAUCAUUGGUUUGAGUGUGUCUGCACUGACCGCUGGUGCAUUGAUGACUGCUGUCGGAUACUAUUACCCCUUCAUGAUUGUGACCUCGGUAACCGCUCCAGUUGCAGCGGGUCUUCUAACGACACUCAAUCUCGACGAAAGUCUGGUGAAGGUACUCGGGCUUCUGGGAUUUCUAGGAGUCUCAAUGGGCCUGGGGAUCCAAGCACCAUUUGUUGCAAUAUACACUGUCCUUGAUCCAAAAGACGUGCCUAUCGGCAUGGCCCUUAAUGGAUUUGCAGGAGGAAUUGGGUCUGGGCUUUUCCUCUCCGCGUCCGCGGCCCUCUUUCAGAAUCGCUUGGUUAAGGAAAUCUCUUCGCAUGCACCUUCUACUAACAUGACGAUAUUUGACCAAGGGGGUCUGGCUCAUCUCAGGCAACAGAUUGGCAGUGAUAGACUUAGGGAUGUCUUGCUGGGCUACGACAAGGCAGUCAUGCAGACAUUGUACAUGCCGGUAGCACUUGCUAUACUCACCCUGUUGGGCAGCCUUAUGAUGGAACGUAGGAGUGUGAAGAAGAAGCAAUCAAAAUUCGAACACUCCAAGACCUUCGGCCAAAUAUGCACCAACUCUGCGAACAUCAUCUGGGACGCAUCCCCAUCCUCUGCAGCGAGCGGUGACAAUAGCGCGAAAAAGAGUGGUGCAGGCCAUGCCUAUGCUCCGGCCAACGAGUCCAUCCUAGUGUGGGACCUCAAAACAUCGACAAUCCUAUCGACCUGGACGGUCCCUGACAACACUUCUUUAGUGACGGUGAUCGCGCGGAGUAAGACCGAUCCCGAUGUAUUUGCAGUCGGAUAUGAGGACGGCAAAAUCAGAAUAUGGGAUUCCCGGACUGCAACAGUAAUCAUCACAUUCAAUGGACAUAAGACGGCGGUCACGCAGUUGAAAUUCGACGGUUCUGGUGCGCGACUGGCGAGCGGGUCUAAAGAUACGGAUGUCAUCAUUUGGGAUUUGGUUGCGGAAGUUGGGCUGGUGCGGCUGCGAGGACACAAGGAUCAAAUCACAAGCUUGAAUUUUCUGAGUACGGAGGACAACGACAGAGAUGGAGAUGCACCGCUGGAGAGCUUGAACGAUCCUGCCAAUUCGGACACAUACCUCCUUUCGACGAGCAAAGACGCUCUGAUCAAGGUUUGGGAUUUGACUACACAGCACUGCAUCGAGACGCACGUCACUCAGACGAAUGGUGAAUGCUGGGCGCUCGGUAUCACAAGGGAUGGGAGCGGCUGCAUUACCGCGGGCAAUGACGGCGAGGUCAAGGUGUGGUCAAUUGACCGGGGAGUCCUUAAAACAAAGCUCACAACCACUCAAGACGAAGGAUUAAAUGUCCUCCAUGAGCGAGGUGCAUUAUACAGACAGGGACGAGACAGACCCUUAGCGGUCGUAAGCCAUCUCAAACGCGACAUAAUCGCCAUCCACGGCUCAGAGAAGACGGUCGAGAUUCUGAGGAUACGUUCCGAAACCGAAGUCAGGAAAACACUGUCACGGAAACGCAAACGGAGAAAGGAGAAGACCGAGGCUGCGGCGGACGGUGAUUCGGGGGUUGACGUCGCGGCAGAUGACAACGAGGAAACGGGCGACAUUUCGAGCGCUGCUGUUUCAGAUAUCAUCGUUCCAUAUGUCACUGUACGGACUGGAGGGAAGGUGAGGUCCAUUGACUGGGCAAAUACCAAGUCUGGAAAGUCAUUCUCAAUAUUAGUCGCCACGUCCAACAACCAACUCGAAGUGUUCGAAGUGCUGGCCAGCGAGAAAAAGAAAGGCACAGAAAUCCCCGAUUACAACCGAACGUUGUCUGUGGAUAUGCCAGGCCAUCGCUCCGAUAUCCGUUGCGCGGCUUUGAGCUCAGAUGACAGGAUGCUCGCCACGGCAUCGAAUGGCAGUCUCAAGAUAUGGAACGCAAAGACCCAAAGCUGCCUACGAACACUAGAUUGUGGGUAUGCGUUAUGCCUGGCAUUCUUACCUGGUGACAAGAUCGUGGUGGUGGGAACACGAGAAGGAACACUAGAAGUAUUCGACAUUGCGGCCUCAACGCUGCUCGACACGAUCAAAGCACACGAGCGAGACAUCUGGUCCCUACAAGUGAGUCCCAACGGCAAAGGACUAGUCACAGGCUCGGCCGACAAAAGCGCAAAGUUCUGGGAUUUCAAGGUCGUGCAAGAAGAGGUGCUGGGAACGACACGCAAGAACGCAAAGCUGACUCUCGUGCACUCGCGGACGCUGAAAGUCGCCGAUGACAUCUUGUCCGUCUGUUUCUCGCCGGACGAGCGCCUCCUCGCGGUCAGCACGCUCGAUAGCACCGUCAAGGUGUUUUUCGUCGACUCACUGAAACUCUUCCUCACCCUCUACGGCCACAAGCUGCCCGUGCUGAGUAUGGAUAUCAGUUACGAUAGCAAGUUAAUCGUCACGUCGAGCGCGGACAAGAACGUCCGUGUCUGGGGUUUGGACUUUGGAGACUGUCAUAAAGCCUUCUUCGCACACCAGGACAGUAUUCUCUCUGUGAUGUUUGUGCCGAACAACAACGAAGGCAACGGACAUCAUUUCUUCUCGGCCUCCAAGGACAAGGUCAUCAAGUACUACGACGGCGACAAGUUCGAGCAGAUACAAAAGCUGGAGGGUCAUCACGGCGAGAUCUGGGCAAUGGCGAUCGCACACUCGGGCGAGUUUCUCGUAACGGCUAGCCACGACAAGAGCAUCAGGAUCUGGGAACAAAGCGACGAGCAGAUUUUCCUGGAGGAGGAGCGGGAGAAGGAACUCGAGCAGCUGUAUGAGAACACGCUUUUGACAUCACUUGAGAACGACGACGCGAACGGUCUGGACGACGAGGACGGACCCGAGGCCACUGCGGCUGGCAAGCAGACAUCACAAACCCUCAUGGCCGGCGAGAAGAUCACGGAGGCACUGGAGCUCGGUCUGGAAGACCUGAGGAUCAUGCAGGAGUACGCAACGACGAAGAGAUCGAACCCCAAGGCUGCGCCCCCUCAACGAGACCCAGUGUUCCUGGCCAACAACAACGUAACAGCGUCAGUAUACGUACUCAACACGGUGCAAAAGAUCCCGUCGGCGUCGCUGCAGGACGCGCUGCUGGUGCUGUCGUUCGCGCAGCUGCCGGCGCUGUUCACGUUCCUGGCGCUCUGGGCCGUCGAGGGCAGGAACAUCCCGCUGACGUGCCGCAUCCUGUUCUUCAUGCUCAAGAUCCACCAGAAGCAGCUCGUCACCAGCCGCGCCAUGAAGGUCCUGCUGGAGGACGUGCGCGACAAGCUGCGCACCGCCCUCGACACCCAGAAACACGCCCUGGGCUUCAACCUCGCCGGCCUGAGGGUCUUGCGCAGGAGGCUCCACGACCUGGGCCACGCCGACUAUGUGGACGACGAGACUUGGGAUGAUGACGCCCGUCGCCUGCCGGCCGCCGCGGCCAUGUCUCGGGGGAAGAAGAGAGGUUUUCGGAACGUGGCGUGA